AUGAUAGCCGCUGCGUUCCGUGCCUGCACCAACACCGCCGCAAGAACGUGCGCUAAAUCUAAUCUCCUGCUGCAGCUAUUGAUUCGCCAUCGGAAGUAUCCGAACGUCGGCUUCCUUAACGGCACCGUGCUGGAAGCUUUUUACACCUAUGCCGUGGAGAAGACGAACCUUAACGUCGGCACGUGUCGACGGUGUGUGCUGACCAAGCUGCUCAACUAUCUCUAUCCGCAGACGCGCGAAACACAGUCGAAAGCGAUACUGCACGCAAAGGAGCGGCUGAGCGCAAAGACGCUGGCACGCAUUUCGAUCCUUUGCGUGGUGACUACACGUUGCGCAAUGGAUGAGACAGAGCGGCACACACACGCCGGAGUGCACGAUACCUUUUACCGGGAGCGAGACGGGCAGUUGCAAACGCUCGAGCAAAGACUUCGCUACCAUAGUUUAGAGGAAUUGCUAGCGUUGGAGCAGCACAAAAAGGAAGGCAUUGAUGCGGAAUCACUGCAAGGCAGCGCACGAAUCUCGUACAACAUAAACGAACCACUGUUUUUGCGCCUGUGUGAGGUUGUAAGCUUCGACAAGCAUAUCCUGCCCGAUGGGAAUGAUUUUUUAGCCGAUGGAUUGGCAUGCAUCUGCGACGAUUUGGAGCUGUACUUGGAGAUGCUCAACAUUUUGCUGCUGCACGCCGCGUACGAUGAGCACCAGUGCACCAGGAGCCCGCUGUACAAAAAGGUUCUGCUCAAGUUCGACCUACUAAACGGUGGAUUUGAACGGCUGUUGAAAAACGAUGCAGCCGCCACGCUGAAUCUGAUCAAAACCAGAAACCUCGCCGAACGAUUGUUGGCCAUCUUUCGUGGCCCUUACCAUCCGUCGGUAAGGAAGCUGCUGCAGCAAACCGAACACACGUUCAUUAUGCGAUGGGCAAUCGGGCAGAUCAGUCUGAAGCAGGGGGAGGAUUCGCAGUGCGUGACCGUGUUGCAGCCGGAUAAACUGGCCACGGAAGAGCAACUGCAGCGAUGUUUCCUCCACGUCGUAGCGGAAUAUCUGCAGUACGAAGGGCCAAGCCUGAACGAGGCUCACGAGCUGCUGGAUCGGUUGGAACUGAAUGUGUUCUGCAGUUUGGAUUUGUUCUAUCUGUUUGAUCUGUGUCGAAUACUGCUGGCGCAACCUUCCCAUGAAGUGGUGGCCGUAUGGGUAAUGAGAAACCUAGUAGAUGUGUGCAAAAACCACUACACCAAUCCUGACAUUACGGAGCAGAUUAUCGAUCUGUACGGUGCUUUAACCACCUUCGUGAGCCCGUACGAAGACAUGAUCCGCAACGUAACGAUCGUGCUGUACUCGUUCGUAAAAACAGUGCGCCAAACACACGUACUCUACCGAGCUGCAGGUGAAGAUACUGGCGCAGGUGAAGUAUCUUGCUUCGCGCUUACCCGCAGCACAUCCGUACGCCAACGCACCAGAGCAUCUACAACGGAUUGGUGCCGUUGCUGA